AUGGAAAUCAAUCCGAACCCAAAUAAAAAAUCUCGGUAUCAAUCUCAGUAUGGAAAUUAAUCCAAUUGAAAAAUCAAUGUCCAGACUUCGCCUCCACCAGUUCGUGCUUGAUACACUUUCCGUUGUUUCGUAGCAUCGCACGGGUUUCUUUGCUAGUACAUGUAAUAUUUCAACGGGCAUUGAGAAACGGACAGAGUAGUUUUUUUAGAGGACACUACACAAGUGGGUGCUUGGAGCUGCCAGGUCUCAAUCCAUUUUUGGGCCGUCCAACGCAUUCAUGGUGGGCGAAGCACUGGGCAGCAUCCUCUCAUCUCUUACAAACAAGGCAAAAAUCCUGCAGGCCUCAUCUCCUAAUCCAGUUAUCUACCGUACGGCCACGGAUCGGGCCUAAUAUGGUUCAUGUCCCACAUCUGUUUGGGUCAUCACAGAUUAUGGCCCAAAAAUGGACCGUGGGUCUAAUCCAGUCAUGAGUCAUCGCUAUCCCUAGAGACUUAAAUUGCUGAAACAGGCUAGUCAAUGUUGGAAGGGAAGAUGCCAUGUUUUUUCAUGUUAUUGAUUUUGAUAUAUAUUUUUUCUUUUUUUUUCUGCCAUGGUUGUCACGUGUAUGAAUCCGUCAAUACAUUGUCUCUAAAAUUGGUUCCAGUGAGUUAAGAAUAAAACAAAUAGUUUGUCCAAGAACAGCCGUUGAUCCAGCUCCAGACGUUCUCUUGGGUUGGCCCUGCCCACGCUGACUCGUAGUCGUAGCCUUAUCCUAUCGAGAUUAAGAUUAAUGAAUAUAGCGAAAGAAAGGAAAGAAACAUACUGAAAAAAUUAUCUUUGAACAUAUCCUAAUCAGCUUUAAUUUUAUACUCCUUUCGUGCCAUAUUAAAUGUCAGGCUUUUGUCUAAAUAUGUAUAUACCUAUACAGUAAAACGUUUUCUAGAUACGAGAGAGUAACAAAGAAAGAAAGAAAACCAUUAAGAAACAAAUAAAGUAUUGCUAAGUAUAUCUGAAUCCUACAUUGGGAAUUUUGCCAGGUUAGUUAUACAAUUGUAACCGAGUUUCUUUCCUAUUUUUCUUUAGAACAAGGCAUUUAUAUACCAGCAUUUUUGGAUACCAAGUUAAUGACGCUAAACCUCACGUUUUUUUCAAUCUCAUAAUGUGAAACAAUCCCAAAAUAACGAAAACAUGGAAUUUACCAGUAUAUAUAUGGCCCAUAUGUUGAGUGGUCAUCCAUCAUUCCAUCAAGGAAGAAGAAAUAUAUCUCUACUUACAAACCUACCAAGGUAAACUAUCCCACACCUCAAACUCUUUUUGUUCUUGCAAUGGAAGAGGUUGUAGUUUUGAUUGUCGGCGCUGGGCCUGCAGGCCUCGCAACAGCAGCAUGCCUUAGCCAAUUAUCCAUCCCCUAUGUCAUCGUAGAGCGAGAGAGUUGUAGUGCGUCACUAUGGCGCAACCGCGCAUAUGAUCGUCUGAAGCUGCAUCUUGCCAAAGAGUUCUGUGAGCUACCACACAUGUCUUAUCCACUAGAUGCACCUACAUACAUACCAAAAAACCAGUUUGUCAAGUACUUGGAUGAUUACAUUGAGCGUUUCAAUAUUCAACCCAAGUACCUCACUGUUGUUGAGUCAUCCACAUAUGACAAUGAUGGAAAAUUUUGGUCCGUCAUGGUGCGUGAUAUGACGAGGUGCGUAGUAGUCAAUUACAUGGCUAAGUUUCUUGUUGUGGCAAGUGGUGAGAAUAGCGCCGUGAAUAUUCCAAUGUUCCGUGGACAAGAAACCUUUCCAGGUGUGGCCAUCCACUCAUCAAGCUAUAAGUCAGGUGGCAGUUACUCUGGGAGGAAUGUGUUGGUCAUUGGAUCUGGCAACUCUGGGAUGGAGAUUGCUUACGACCUUGCGACUCAUGGUGCAAACACCUCUCUUGUUAUACGAAGUCCGAUUCAUGUAAUGACAAAGGAAUUAAUCUGGUUAGGGAUGACACUAGCUCAUCAUCUUCCACUGAACAUCGUCGAUCAUCUCCUUGUGAUGAUGGCGGAUUUUGUAUUUGGAAACCUAUCCAAACAUGGCAUCAUGAGACCCAAAAAGGGUCCAUUGGUCCUCAAGUUAGAAACUGGUCGGUCCGCUGUGAUUGAUGUUGGCACGGUUGGGUUAAUCAAGAAAGGCACCAUCAAAGUGCAAGGAAGGGUUACUAAAAUCAAAGGCAAAACUAUUGAAUUUCAAGGUGGGAAUGAAGCCUCCUUCGACGCAAUUGUGUUUGCAACUGGAUACAAAAGCACAGCAACCAUGUGGCUCAAGAAUUGUGAGAGCAUGUUGAAUAGCGAUGGCUUGCCAAAUAAGAAAUUCCCAAAUCACUGGAAAGGAGAAAAUGGGCUGUAUUGUGCUGGGUUGGCAAGGAUGGGGUUGGCCUGUAUUGCUAUGGAUGCCAAGAACAUCGCCAAUGACAUUAAGUCGAACCUAGACUCUAUGUCCAUGUCCGGCUAAAUUAGCUUAUAUGUUUCAUUUACUAAGAGAUGAGAGAAGAGUGUUAGGUAUUGGUAUUUUUACAACAUCCCCAUAAAGUUCGACCCGAUGUUGUAAUAUUUAGUUCAGGCAUGUCAGCGUGUCUGUGAUAUUGUAUUAUCUUUUAAAUGUCUUUGCAUUGUUAUAGUAAACAUUUAGUCAUGUACAGGUUUCCAAAUUUUACUAGACAUAUUGAUGUCUUUC